AUGGAGAUGGAGGAAGGCGGCAAUUUCAUGCAUCAUUGCAACAACGUUUUCAACACCAGCGCCAAGCUCAGCAGUAUCGGCGCCAAGAUGGAGGAUGAGGACAUGGAGAUCUGCUUGUUGUGCAGUCUCCCCAAGAGCUAUGAGAACGUUGCUCUCAACUUGGAGACGAGCAGCGCAGAACUGCGGUCGCAAGACGUCGUGAGAGUGCUUACGAAUGAGCACAUCAAGAGACAACGAAACACGACGACAUUGGUGAAGACUGAAGAAGCAACCAAGGCCUUCAGCACCGAGCGUGAAUUCCGUCAAUGUACGUUCUGCGGAAAAUUGGGGCACGUGGUGAUAAAGUGCUGGACCAAACAGAGGGAAGACGACCGAGGAGAUCGACGCAGCGGCAACAAGGGCCGUGCCAUUGGGCUCGUGGACGCGGAGCGAAUCAAGUCCAAUGGCACGGCUACAACGGCAACGGCAACAACUAAGACCAUGAUCGAGUGGCGUUUGCUGUUUCGCUGGAAUGCGAGCUUUCGACAGCCAAGACCAUGGUGGAAAUGUGGGCGAUUUACAGCAGCAACGCACCACAUCUUCAAUGAAAAGUCCAAGUUUGAAGUUCUGGACGAGCGCAAUGAAGGUGAUGUGCUGGUUGCAGACGGAAACAAGGCUGCGAUCAAUAGAGUUGGGACUAUCGUCGAAAAGGUGGUCCUACCAAACGGUGAAGAGCGCGAAGUUGAAAUCGAGGAUGCACUUAAUGUCUCAAGCAUGAACAAGAACCUACUGUCGAUACCCCAGAUUAACAAAAGCGGCAAGUUCCAAGUGGUGUUUGAUAAGAGUGAGAUGAAGAUUUCGCACAAAGACUCCAAGCAAGCAUUGGAGUAUUGA